AUGCGAUCAGCUCCGGCAUUUAUCCUGGGGAUUGCGCUUGCCUCUCAGGCGAUCCCUACAGCAGCAUGGGAGGAUUUCUCCGACGCAAAUCUUUUCUAUCGAUCCGUCUCCCUUUUCGAUGACCGACCUGCCGAUUGCCCUCCCUGUUUCAACUGCCAAUUAGACUCUUACAACUGCACCCAUUCCGCUCCCUGCAACAAAUUCAAUGGCAAAUGCUCCUGUCCCGCUGGAUUCGGAGGAGAUGACUGCUCUGUGCCUACCUGUGGCUCACUCGCCGAUGGUGAGAAUCGUCCGCCACGAACCGGCGCGACCUGUGACUGCAAGGAUGGCUGGGGCGGUGUCAACUGCAACGUCUGUCAAAAGGAUAGCGCUUGUAACGCGAUGAUGCCCGAAGGUCAAGAUGGCGUGUGCUAUAAGUCAGGCUCUACUGUCAAGCAGAACUUUCAGAUGUGCGAUGUCACCAAUCGGAAGAUUCUUGACCAACUGGGGAAGCAGAAGCCGCAGGUGACCUUCUCUUGUGAAGCCGAGGACCAUACCUGCAAUUUUCAAUUCUGGGUGGACCAAAAGGAGUCUUUCUACUGUGGUCUAGAUACCUGUGAAUGGGGCAUGGAGACCGGAUUUGAGACCAACACCACCAGCUACAAAUGUGAGAAUGUCCAGUGCAAGUGUGUCCCGGGCCGGUUCCUCUGCGGCCAGGACGGAUCCAUCGACCUCGGUGACUUUCUCGACCAAGUUAUCAAAGGCCCAGCCACUUUUCAGACCAUUUCCGACACAAAAGGGAGCAAAAGUGUCUUCUCCGAGCCGCAAAUGAACGGCCUCAUCAGUGCAGUCUUCGGCGACCCUACUAUUUCCUUAACUUGUGACUCUGGAGAGUGUCUGUACAAAACUGAUCUCCCAGGCUAUCAGCGUCCCAUCAAGAAGAUCAACACCCCCCUUAUUGCCAGUGUUAUUGCUGGAUGUGCACUUUUCGUUGUCGCUGUUAUCUUGGUUGUGUGGUACUUGUCUCGCCGGGCCGCAAACCGUGGUUAUAUGCGCCUGUCCCUGUCGGAUGACUCAGACGAUGACAGUGCGAGGUUACUUGCCGAACACCGUCCUGCAUCUUUGUACUGGGAUAAUGUGUCGUAUUACUUGAAUGGCAAGGAGAUUCUCUCUGGUAUUCAAGGUGCAUCGACCCCAGGACAAAUUACCGCAAUCAUGGGUGCCUCUGGUGCUGGAAAAACGACCUUCCUCGAUAUAUUGGCUCGCAAGAACAAGCGUGGGGCAGUUCAUGGUAAUUUCUUUGUGAACGGAGAAAAAAUCAGUGACAAUGAUUACAAGAGCAUGAUUGGAUUCGUCGACCAGGAGGACACUAUGCUGCCAACCUUGACCGUUCAUGAGACCAUCCAGACCAGUGCUCUUUUGAGACUACCCCGGGACAUGAGUCUGGCGGCUAAGGAGCAGAGAGUUUUGGAAGUCGAGAAGCAGUUGGGGAUCUACCAUAUCAAAGACCAGUUAAUUGGAUCGGAAGAAGGUAGCGGUCGCGGCAUCUCUGGCGGUGAAAAACGCCGAGUUGGUAUAGCUUGCGAACUCGUCACUAGCCCAAGCAUUCUGUUUUUGGACGAGCCCACCAGUGGAUUGGAUGCUUACAACGCCUUUAACGUGGUUGAGUGCUUGGUCACUCUGGCCAAGACAUAUAAUCGCACUGUCAUUUUCACCAUCCAUCAACCCCGUUCAAACAUUGUCGCCCUAUUCGACCGGCUUGUCUUGCUUGCAAGUGGCCGAACCGUUUACUCUGGGCCAUUCUCCACAUGUCAGCAGUAUUUCGACCAAAUUGGGUAUACAUGCCCACCAGGUUUCAACAUUGCGGACUAUCUCGUCGACUUGACUAUGCAUGCCGGUUCUUCACGCUCUUACACUGACGAAGUCGGUUCCGUGGACGGACGGCCACCCAAGACUGCCUCGAGUAGUCUGAGGGCUAUCAAGUCCGUUGCUAGCGUAUCCAAUGUCAGCAUCGAGGAGAAUUCUAGUAGCACCACCGAGGCAGGUCGACGACCCAAACACAAUCGUCGAGUUUCUCUCAAGCAACAGCAAGAUCGUCAGCUUUACUCCCGCCGCAAGGACCAUAAAGAUCUCGAGCCCCCGGCUACACCCAAGACCGAUGAAGAAGAUGCCACGCUCGAUGUGGCCGAGAAUACGCAACAAUGGCUGCGUCUUUCUCGCCAACCAGGAAACGUUCCCCCACAGAUCCUCGAUGAUCCGGAUCAGCUACCACCUCCAGCCCCUGGUCAGAGCGACCUUGAUAUUCUCGUUGCAAGCUACGCUGAUUCUGACGUUUUCCACUCGGUCCACGAUGAGAUUGUAACAGCUGUUCAAAGUGCUGAGGCUGCUAAUGGGUCCCAGAAUUCUCAUCUGCAGGGUUCUGCACCGCCCAAGAUUGCUCGUAUCAGUUUGGGGCGACAGUUCCUGAUUUUGUCACAGCGCACGUGGCGCAAUCUUUACCGCAACCCGAUGCUGAUGCUGACCCACUAUGCAAUCUCCAUACUUCUCGCUGUGCUUUCGGGGUUCCUUUUCUAUGGGUUGACCGACGAUAUAAAGGGUUUCCAGAACCGCCUUGGUCUCUUCUUUUUCAUUCUCGCUUUGUUCGGAUUCAGCACCUUGACAAGUCUCACGGUGUUUUCAACUGAACGGCUUUUGUUUGUUCGAGAACGAGCAAAUGGCUACUACCAUCCGGUCACCUACUUCGCAUCCAAGGUCGUUUUCGACAUUGUGCCCCUGCGGCUCCUCCCACCUAUCAUCAUGGGCAUUAUUGUCUACCCCAUGACCGGGCUGAUCCCCGCAUGGCCUGAAUUCCUUCGGUUCAUGCUGGUGUUGGUUCUGUUCAACCUUGCGGCUGCCAACAUCUGCUUGUUUAUCGGUAUUGUGUUCCGUGAUGGUGGCGUUGCCAACUUGAUUGGUAGCCUGGUAAUGCUGUUCAGCUUACUGUUCGCCGGUCUUUUGUUGAAUCAUGAUGCCAUUCCCUCGUCCGCUCUGUGGUUGCAAAGUCUCUCUAUCUUCCACUAUGGCUUUGAAGCACUCAUUGUGAACGAAGUCACCUUCCUGACACUGAUCGACCACAAGUACGGCUUAGACAUCGAAGUGCCCGGUGCCUCGAUCCUGAGCGCAUUUGGCUUCAACACACUCGCCUACUGGAAUGAUGUCAUUGGACUUGCCGUCAUUUCAGGGGCUUUUAUCAUAAUUGCAUACGCAGCGAUGCAUUUCCUGCUUGUCGAGAAACGGUAG